AUGGUUCCCACAACAACAGAAUAUAAAGAUCAGCUCUCCAAAUCAAUUACAACAACUCGAAAUGUACGUGAUGUCUGUGCUUCGAUUUUUAUUCCGGGUAUGAUUGGUUUACUCACUAUAGCUAUCGCAAUCGUUCAACUUCAUAUUGCAAGCCAACAGCGUCAACAAGACUUGGCUAUUGCUGAGGCUAACCGAUUAAGUAGUUUGACUAUUGCCAAGUAUACACGUGAGCAGGACUUGCUUAUUGCUAAUACACUUCAAUGGGAUGCUGUUUUUGCUGCCUAUGUUAAUGAUAUAUCGAUGAUUAUUACGAAUUUUACGGGCAGUGUAUUACAAGGAGCUAAUUUACAAUUAUCAAAUCUGCACGAUGUCUCAUUUCAUGAAGCCGACUUGAAAAAUGUUAAUUUCGCGCACACAUUAAUGUCAGAUGUUGAUUUUUCCGCUGCUGAUCUGCGUGGAUCAAAUAUUACUGAUGAAAAUUUACAAAAUGCAUAUUCGAUUUUGGGUGCCAUCUUGCCUAACAAUACACUUGGAUCUAAUCCAAUGUUGCUACCUAUUCAUCAUGGUGGUUGGAAUACGAUUCCUUACAAUAGUAUUGGUACAACGAUGAUCGAAAGUUCAGUAGCCGAACAUGCAGCUAAUAUUUGGAUCCAAAUGUUUAAGCAACGAGGAUCAUCAGAUGGUCUUGUUUUAAUUAAAAUAAAUCAAAACAAAGCUAAUUCUAAAACUGUUACUAUAAAAGUAAUGUUAGAAUAA